CCUCCCCUUCAGUCUUGCACAGGUGUACAGGCUCCUCCCCUUCAGUCUUGCACAGGUGUACAGGCUCCUCCCCUUCCGUCUUGCACAGGUGUACUGGCUCCCCCCCUUCAGUCUUGCACAGGUGUACCGGCUCCUCCCCUUCAGUCUUGCACAGGUGUACCGUCUCCCCCCCUUCAGUCUUGCACAGGUGUACUGGCUCCUCCCCUUCAGUCUUGCACAGGUGUACCGGCUCCUCCCCUUCAGUCUUGCACAUGUGUACCGGCUCCUCCCCUCCAGUCUUGCACAGGCUCCUCCCCUUCAGUCUUGCACAGGUGUACCGCCUCCUCCCCUCCAGUCUUGCACAGGUGUACAGGCUCCUCCCCUUCAGUCUUGCACAGGUGUACCGGCUCCUCCCCUCCAGUCUUGCACAGGUGUACCGCCUCCUCCCCUCCAGUCUUGCACAGGUGUACUGGCUCCUCCCCCUGGACUGGGAUGAGUUCCUCUGAUGUCACUGCACACUGGCAGCUUCUCACAAUGUGC